AUGAAGAUUAUUUGUGCAUUUGUUCUUUUCACUAUUCUCUCUACUUCCCAUGCUUCUGUCAAUGAUUUCUGUGUAGCAGAUACAAAAGCUUCCGACACUCCUACUGGCUAUCCUUGCAAACCCGUUUCAGAAAUCACAUCAGACGAUUUCGUCUUCCACGGCUUUGUAGCCGGAAAUACCAACAGCUCUAACCCAGUUGCACUUACCCCUGCAUUUGUCACCCAAUUUCCAGCUCUUAACGGACUUGGAGUAUCGGCGGCGCGCCUAGACUUAGCCCAAGGUGGAAUAGUUCCAAUGCAUACUCAUCCCGGUGCAACUGAAUUGGUAAUAAUACUAGAAGGCGAAAUUAAUGCUGGAUUUUUAACACCGACUUCGGCUUAUUCUAAGACGUUGAAAUCAGGUGAUCUUAUAGUUUUUCCACAAGGGAUGUUACAUUUUCUAGUUAAUUCUGGUAAGGGAAAAGCUAGUGCUUUUCUUACCUUUAGUAGUGCAAAUCCUGGUGCUCAAUUACUUGAUAAUCUUUUGUUUUCCAAUAAUUUGCCUUCUGAUUUGGUGGCACAAACUACUUUCCUUGAUCUUGCACAAGUGAAGAAGCUAAAGGCUCGUUUUGGUGGAAGAUAUUAG